CUGAGUGCCACCAAGAGAGGAGAGAGCGAGCAUUGUGACUCUCCCGAGCGCCGAGCUGGUGAGAGCGUGAGAGAGUUGGGUGCUCGCGGCGGCAGAAGCGAGUUAGAAGGCACGUAAGGUGCACGGAAUUUUUAAACUUCGCUGGCUUAACGUCAAUGCUAGGCGGUGAACUCGCCGAAGGCAAUAAAGUUAAAAAAUCUUAUACUUGUGUUCUUCUGCUUCUCAACAUUUUUAAAAAUUCCUGCUAUUGACUAGUAUCCGUGAAAGUGAAAUCGUGAACAUGAGUUCGUGCGAAAAGUGUGCGGAACCGGACAACGACAGCAUGGUGGCAUGCGACAAGUGUGGAAAAUGGUUCCAUUUCGCGUGUGUUGGUGUUGAUUCCAGUGUAGAGCAGCAAGACUGGGUCUGCUGCAAGUGCGCGGAAGAAUCGUUCGAAACACCAAAGUCAGGAAGAAUUAAGCCUGAGUUGUUGCACGAACAGACUAAACCAGUGAAAAGUGUAGUGCAAUCUGUCGCUUCCGGAACGCGGGCGUCGGUGCCGGAACCGGGAGAAAGGUCGUCGACCCCGCCGAAAAGUACAGUGUUCGAGAAAAGUGUCUUUCGAUCGGUCGUUUUCGAAUCGCGGUUCUCGGAACCCAGAGACAAGUCAGCAACCCAGCCGGUCAAUGUUGCGCUCGAAAACGGCAUGGAUUCCGCCGAACUGCAGCAUGAGCUCCAAUUCCUGGAAGAGAGGCAGGCGAUGGAACGGAGGCACUUGCAAGAGAGAAGCCAGCUGCGCGCGCGGUACGGAGUUUCCGAGGAAGUACAGGCCAACGGAUCGCGGCCUCAAUCGGCUUCCACGAAUUUGCACCAAACGCAAAUAGCGGCGCGGCAGGUCGUCGGGAAAGACCUCCCUUCAUUUUCUGGAAACCCGGAGGAAUGGCCUCUCUUUAUCGCCAGUUUCGAAAGUUCGACCAGAAUAUGCGGCUACACGGACGAUGAGAAUUUGUUGCGGCUACAGCGAAGCCUGAAGGGAAAGGCGUUGGAGGCGGUACGCUGCCGAUUAUUGCACCCACGGAACUUAGCCGGUGCCAUAUCAACGCUCCGAACACUAUUCGGAAGGCCAGAGUGUAUCAUUCAAUCAUUGAUAAACAAGAUCCGCGAAAUGCCCAAUCCAAGAGCGGACAAAUUCAACACGCUAAUUGAUUAUGGCAUCGCCGUGCAGAAUAUUUGUGCAACAAUAGAAGGGACGGGCCUAAGCGGUUAUCUGUACAACAUCACACUGCUACAGGAGCUGACAGAAAAACUGCCACCGACAAUACGUCUCAAUUGGGCGUACCACAGGCAGACGCUGCAAGAUGUCACGAUGCUGGAUUUUGGAGACUGGCUGAACAAGCUAGUGGAAGCGGCUAGCAGCGUAACGCUACCAGGAACGGCGCCAGACAACGCAUCACAUCUGCUACUGAAAUUCCGCGAGUUCAAGUACGCCAUAGUCGGAGAUAUUCGUGAAAUGUUUUUUCAAGUAUUAAUGAGGCCACAAGAUCAACGCAGCCAGAUGAUCCUGUGGAAUGGUGGAGACCCCAAAAAGGAACCGGAUACCUUUAUCGCCAGAAGAGGCGCACCCGUGGAGAUCAUAAGUGACAGGGGCACCAACUUUAUCGGUGCGAGCAGAGAACUUCGAGACGAGCUGAAAAAUGUGAACGAGAAUAUGCUUAUGAACGCUUUCGUUGGACCUGAUACGACCUGGAAGUUCAACCCCCCGGCAGCACCUCACUUUGGUGGCUGUUGGGAACGCCUCGUGCAGCCUCUUACUUAUCUAGCACUGGAAUCCGACUCCGAGCCGGUGCUGACGCCCAAUCAUCUGCUGCUGGGCUCCUCGAAUGGAAGUAAACCGCCGGUAGCCUUCGACGACUCAUCUACCGCAGUCAAGAAGUCCUGGAAGAUGUCACAGCGUGUUGCGGACCAAUUCUGGAAGAAGUGGGUUGCGGAGUACCUGCCUACCCUCACCAAGAGAACGAAAUGGCAUCAACCGAUCAAGCCGAUCGAAGUGGGAGAUCUAGCUCUUAUCGCGGACGACAAUCAUCCGAGAAAUUGCUGGCCCAUGGGUAGAAUUGUGGAGGCGAUGCGCGCCAGUGACGGCCAGGUUCGACGGGUAGUUGUACAUACGAACAGCGGAUUGUUAGAACGACCAGCCACAAAAAUUGCGAUUCUGGAUGUAACACCAAGCGUGAAUGAGGAGUAG